AUAAGGAGCUGGCGAAUAAGGAGCUGGAGUCAGUCUCGUGCACCACCGACGAUUACUUGCUGCCGCACUUUUGCAUUACAGAUAUCCUCGGCUAUAUUGUUUGUUUUAUGAGCGCCUACACUUCAGAACAGUCCCGAAGCUACAAGUCAUUGGAGUCUCAUGUGCAGUUCACAAAUGGAUAUGUUCAGGAGUUGCAGAUCAUAAAACCUGCAAACAGUAUUACAGUAAUCUGGACAAAGCACUGGAAACUUCAAAUCAUCAGUCCAGAGAGGGAAAAGUUCACUAGCACAAGAAACAUUUUUCUCAAAAUUGAGAAUGACAGAUCGAGCAAACAACUUCCCCCCUCUGCCAAAGUUUUUUCGCAUAAAGCCAUGUUUUUACCAGAACGUGGCUGAGGAAAUUCCACAACCCCACCAGCAGCUUGUGCGUCGUGUUUACAAUCUUUGGAUGUUGUACUGUAUCACACUGUGUGUCAAUGUGGUGGCCUGCAUUGCUUGGAGGGCCGGUGGGGGUGAAGCGAUCAACUUUGGGUUUGCGCUCCUCUGGCUGCUGCUUUUCAGCCCAUGUAGCUACACCUGCUGGUUCAGGCCACUCUAUAAAGCAUUUCGGGCUGAUAGUUCCUUCAACUUCAUGGCAUUCUUCUUCAUUUUCUUUUUGCAAUGUGUUCUUGCCUUCAUCCAGAGUCUUGGAAUAUCAGGUUGGGGUGCUUGUGGUUGGAUUGCCACAGUGAUGUUUUUCGGCACAAAUGUAGUCUCGGCUAUAUUCAUGCUCAUCUGUACUCUGCUCUUUACCAUAGAUACAGUUCUAAUGGUGUUCAUUCUUAUCAAGGUUCAUCGACUGUAUCGCGGUGGAGGAGGCAGUUUUCAGCUGGCUCAGGAAGAAUGGAGCACUGGGGUGUGGAAAAGCGCCCCUGUGAGGCAAGCUGGAUUCAACACCAUCUCUGAAACCAGCCCCAGCCUGCCCAGUUACCCAGAGAGCAGGCCCUGGUGAUACCUCUUCUGAUCUACAGAUGGGGCCAGAG